AUUAACGGAGCACUAGAAGUGUUGGUUGCCGUUGGUUGCCAUUGGCUACCGCUACGGCAACGUUUCACUGUGAAAACGUGAUACGUUGCCGUAUCCUUUAUAUCCGAAAGUUUGCGAUAGCUGUCGACCCACCAACAGGGAAUCGGAUCAUCCACAUUGAUUUUACACUCUCCGAAAACCUCUCUUCUCCUUCACGAAGAGCCCCAAAUCGCAAAAACCUCCCUUGAACCCCUCCCUCCACCACUCUCUAUCUCACUAUGUUCAGAAUCCACCGGUUUGCACUGACCAAAACUCGACACCUACGCUUCUUCUCUCACUCGGCCACCGCCGCUCUCGUCGAAGAACCGGCAAUUGAGGCCGCCCCACUGACCUACCUAGAAGGAUUUCCCCAGCCUGGUUCGAUAGAGACGAUCCUCGCGGUCCCUCGCUCCACCUCCGGAAAGAACAUAGCCGCGAAAGAGCGAAAAGCAGGGCGAGUUCCUAGCAUUGUGUUCGAGCAGGAAGAUGGGCAGCACGGCGGUAAUAAAAGGCUGAUCUCUGUGCAGUCGAAUCACGUUAGAAACCUAGUUGAGAAGCUUGGAAGAUCAUUCUUCUUGUCCAGGCUUUUUAAUCUCGAGGUCAGACCAGAGUUUGGGUCGGACGAGAUCAUUGAGAAAGUUCGGGUUUUGCCUAGAGUGCUUCAUUUGCACUCGAUAUCUGAUACGCCUAUUAAUGUCACCUUCAUAAGGGCACCUUCCACAGCGUUGUUGAAGGUUAAUGUCCCUCUCGUCUUCAUAGGAGAAGACGUAUCUCCUGGGCUCAGGAAAGGUUCGUACUUGAAUAUCAUUAAGAGGACCGUCAAGUUCCUAUGCCCUCCAGAUAUUAUUCCUCCAUAUAUUGAAGUGGAUCUAAGUGAAUUGGACGUUGGCCAAAAAUUGGUAACUGGAGACCUCAAGGUUCAUCCGGCUCUAAAGCUCUUCCAGCGAAAAGACCAGGCCGUUGUUAAGAUCAUGGGAGCCAGGGUUUCCGACCAAAAGAAAUCUAAAUAGGCAACCUAAGGAUUUACCCUUACUCCUGGUAGCAUUUAGAGGCGAAUGUAGUUCUUUGAUUUCACAACAUAGUUAUGGUACUGUAAAGUAGAGGGCAGGUCCGUCCAAUCUUAAGAGUGGUUGUGUGAUCUUUUCUUUUCUUUUCUCUUUGGAUUACUGUUUUCCUUUUGGGUGAGGUAAUAGGGGUUUUGGGUGGGGGCCAGAACCUGCCAUUUUGGGACGUACUAGUUAAUGAUUCAAGAAAUAAUUCCUUAUUUAUGAUCA